AUGCGAAAGCUUGCAUCCACAGGAAUUGCUGCUGCUGAAGUAGGUAGUAUGACAAUUCAUUCAUUUUUGGGGGAACAACGUAAUUCUGGAAAGCCACGAACUAUCAAACCAGGAGACUUAAAACUCGAAAAAGAGUGGAGAUUCGUCGAAGAUUUAUUAAUCGAUGAAAUGAGUAUGGUUGGUUUAAAUUUACUAGCAAAACUUAAUCGAAUUAUUUGCUCUGCAAAACAUGUUGAUCCUCAAGUUCCAUUUGGUGGUGUGAAUGUUAUCUUCUUUGGUGACUACUUACAAUAUCGACCUGUUUAUGAUGCACCAUUACACACGGAUUUUUCAUUACCAUCCAAAAAGAAAUUUGGUAUGCUACCCACAGAAAAAGAAAUUCAACAACGUGUUGCAUGUUCUUUAAUUCUUCAAAUUAAUUGUGUGGCUCCGAUUCUUGUUUUCCGAAAUGAAGUACGGACACAAUUGAACAAUAAAGCAGCAAUUCACAAGGCAGCGGAAAUAGGACAAGCACCCAUGAUAUGUGUCGCUCAAGACACUUGCAAAGGCAAAUCAAUUGAAGAUCCGACACUUAUUAAAAAAUUGUUAGAAUUAUCUGAUAGCAAAACAGAGGAUUUGCCAGGUUUUUUGUCUUUAGUUCCCGGAAUGCCUGUUAUUUUAACACAAAACAUUGCUAUUGAACUGGGUUUCAUUAAUAGAAUGAAUGGAAUCUUUCGACAACUUGUCUACGAAGAAGAUUCCGUGUCAACAGAUGUUAUUUCGGAAACAUUUCCCAAUAACACACGAUACAUACGUAGACCGUUAUACGCAUUAAUUGCAAUUGUUAGAUCAAAGAUUGAAUGCAACUUUGAACACCUCCAGUCAAAUCUCGUACCAAUACCAUUAAUGGAACAAACUUUUCGCAUUAAUAUUGCUGAUGUUUUACCAAAAGACAAGAAACUGAAAUCAAAUCACAAGGCAAUUUUAUCAAUUAAGCGACGUGCAUUACCACUUGUACCUGCGUAUUGUAUUACAACACAUAAAAGUCAAGGUCAAACUUUAAGCAAUGUCGUAAUUGAUCUGACGCUGUCAAAUGAAACUGAUGACAUUGCUGCAAUAUAUGUACCUCUGUCACGCGUGAAACCCUUGGCUGAUUUGAUUAUUUUCCGACAUUUUGAUUACACAAUUUUAACAAUGAAACCAAGCAAAUCUCAACUCGCCGAAAUAGAAAGACUGGACAAACUAUAUUUAGAAACACAAAAGCGUUUUAUUGAAUGGUUUUAA